AUGCUGCCACAAACAGCCCUUUUGCUGCUACUGUCCCUGAACCUGGUUCAUGGAGGAUUUUAUGCUGAGCGAUACCAAACACCUACAGGCAUAAAAGGCCCACUACCCAACACUAAGACACAGUUCUUCAUUCCCUAUGCCAUAAAGAGUAAAGGUGUAUCAAUAAGAGGAGAGCAAGGUAUCCCUGGUCCCCCAGGCCCUGUGGGACCUCGAGGGCACCCGGGUCCAUCUGGACCACCAGGAAAACCAGGCUACGGAAGUCCUGGACCCCAAGGAGAGCCAGGAUUACCAGGACCACCAGGACCAUCCACCACUGGAAAGCCAGGUUUGCCAGGACUCCCAGGAAAACCCGGGGAGAAAGGACUAUAUGGACCCAAAGGAGAUAUUGGACCACCUGGUUUACCAGGACCACGGGGCCCACCAGGGCCACCUGGAAUCCCUGGCCCAGCUGGAAUUACUGUUCCAGGAAAACCCGGACAACAAGGACCUCCAGGAGCCCCAGGACCCAGAGGCUUUCCUGGAGAAAAGGGCACACCAGGAGUCCCUGGUGUGCAUGGACAGAAAGGGGAAACAGGAUAUGGUACUCCUGGACGCCCAGGUGAGAGGGGCCUUCCAGGCCCUCAGGGUCCCAUGGGACCACCUGGCUCUCCUGGAGUAGGAAAAAGAGGUGAAAAUGGGCUUCCAGGGCAGCCAGGCAUCAAAGGUGAUCGGGGCUUUCCAGGAGAGAGAGGACCAGCUGGCCCGCCAGGCCCCCAAGGUCCUCCUGGGGAACGAGGACCAGAAGGCAUUGGAAAGCCAGGAGCCCCUGGAGCCCCAGGCCAGCCAGGGAUUCCUGGGACAAAAGGUCACCCUGGGGCCCCAGGAAUAGCUGGGGUCCCCGGGGCUCCUGGCUUUGGGAAACCAGGGUUACCAGGCCUGAAGGGACAAAGAGGACCUAUUGGCCUUCCAGGGAGUCCAGGUGCCAAAGGGGAACAAGGCCCAGCAGGCCAUCCUGGGGAACCAGGUCUGACUGGACCCCCCGGAAACAUGGGACCCCAAGGACCAAAAGGCAUCCCAGGCAACCAAGGAAUUCCAGGCCCUAAAGGUGAAACAGGACCGGCUGGGCCUGCAGGACACCCUGGGGCUAAGGGAGAAAGGGGUUCCUCUGGGUUAGAUGGAAAACCAGGGUACCCGGGAGAACCAGGCACCAGUGGUCUUAAGGGAAAUCCAGGGCUCCCAGGCCCAAAAGGUGACCCUGGAGUUAAAGGACCUCCUGGUCUCCCAGGUCCUGUGGGCCCAGCAGGAGCUAAGGGAGUACCUGGACACAAUGGUGAGGCUGGUCCAAGAGGUGCCCCUGGAAUACCAGGUACCAGAGGCCCCAUUGGGCCACCAGGCAUUCCAGGAUUCCCUGGAUCUAAAGGGGAUCCAGGAACUCCAGGUCCUCCUGGCCCAGCUGGCAUUGCAACUAAGGGGCUUAAUGGUCCCACUGGGCCACCAGGGCCUCCAGGUCCGAGAGGCCACACUGGAGAGCCUGGCCUCCCCGGUCCCCCAGGCCCUCCAGGCCCCCCAGGCCAGGCAGCCCCGUCCGAGGGCUUUAUAAAGGCAGGCCAAAGGCCUCUUGUUAGUGCCAACCAGGGAGUAACGGGGAUGCCUGUGUCUGCGUUCACUGUUAUUCUCUCCAAAGCUUACCCAGCUAUAGGUAUUCCCAUCCCAUUUGAUAAGAUUCUGUAUAACAGGCAACAGCAUUAUGACUCAAGAACUGGAAUCUUUACCUGUAGGAUCCCAGGAACAUACUAUUUCUCCUACCACGUGCAUGUGAAAGGGAACCAUGUUUGGGUGGGCCUGUAUAAGAACGGCACCCCUGUCAUGUACACCUAUGAUGAAUACACCAAAGGCUACCUGGAUCAGGCUUCCGGGAGUGCCAUACUCGAUCUCACAGAAAAUGACCAGGUGUGGCUCCAGCUGCCCAAUGCUGGGUCAAAUGGGCUGUACUCCUCUGAGUAUGUCCACUCCUCCUUCUCAGGGUUCUUGGUGGCACCAAUGUGA